UUUUUCCCUUUUUUUCUUUCUUCAUAUAUUUUUUUUUUUUAAUUUUUUUUUUUUUUUUUUUGGAUUCUUGAAAAAUGAGCACACACCGUAAAAAAAAACCAGUGGAAUUUCAUUUUGUAGAUAUGAAUGAUCCUGAUCGAUACAAGAAGCUAAAGGUCGCUCGUGCUUGUGAUUUUUGUCGUCGUCGCAAGUCAAAAUGCGAUAUCGGUAUUCCAGGUUCCGGCACUUGUUCAAAUUGCCUAAAACACCAAAUGGUUUGCAUCUUUUCUCCUGUUACAACUACCCGGGGAAAUGAAAUUAUACGCCCUGAGCCACAGUUCAACAUGUAUGACCAAUUCCUGAUUAGAUUCCCUUUACUUUUAAUAAAAGACGGGCAAGCCGGAUAUGAAACGAACCUAAUUGAGACUCCUCCUCCUCCUCCUUCACCAAUACAACAACAACAACAACAACAACAACAAAUCGACACUGAACCGUCCAUUAAUUUGGAAUCAAAGCUAUUUGAACUCUAUUUUGACCAUAUUCAUCCCGCAUACCCAGUUCUGUUAAAGCAGUCGGUCAUGAACAUACAUUCUCAAGACAGAUUAUUACUUUCCAGAGGCUUGCGUUACGCUAUCAUGGCAUUAGGUUCAUAUUACUUUCCAUCACAUUCAUUACCGUCCUUAUAUUCGAUAGCACAACAAGAAGUAUCAACAUUAACACCCCGGUUAGACUCUGUACAUACAUUGCUUUUAUUAUAUAAACAUGACGAAAUUCAUACUUCAUCUGGCCACGGCAUAUAUUUUUUAGAAAGAGCGCAAGAAAUGAUUGGUCAAAUACAAUCACUAGUGCCUCAACAUCAAGAAAUGAUUAACCGUGCUCGGUGGAUCCUAUUUAGUUCCAUUGGUUUCUCUAACCUAUCCGAUCCGAAUUUCAACAAUUUAUACACCAUGAUUGAUUGGAUGACUUCCAAAAUGCAAAAUAGAAUUAAAUAGAAUAGAAUUAACUCCGGGAAUUUGAUUUUCCGAGUUAAUUUUUUUUUGUUCCAAAACCAU